ACGUCGUGUGGGGCGGGUCCGACCGCGCACAAUGGGCCAUGGAGUUCCCGUUCGAUGUGGACGCGCUGUUCCCGGAGCGGAUCACGGUGCUGGACCAGCACCUGAGGCCCCCAGCCCGCCGACCCGGAACCACAACGCCGGCCCGUGUUGAUCUACAGCAGCAAAUUAUGACCAUUAUAGAUGAACUGGGCAAGGCUUCUGCCAAGGCCCAGAAUCUUUCCGCUCCCAUCACUAGUGCAUCAAGGAUGCAGAGUAACCGCCAUGUUGUUUAUAUUCUCAAAGACAGUUCAGCCCGACCGGCCGGAAAAGGAGCCAUUAUUGGUUUCAUCAAAGUUGGAUACAAGAAGCUCUUUGUACUGGAUGAUCGUGAGGCUCAUAAUGAGGUAGAACCACUUUGCAUCCUGGACUUUUACAUCCAUGAGUCUGUGCAACGCCAUGGCCAUGGGCGAGAACUCUUCCAGUAUAUGUUGCAGAAGGAGCGAGUGGAACCACACCAACUGGCGAUUGACCGACCCUCACAGAAGCUGCUGAAAUUCCUGAAUAAGCACUACAAUCUGGAGACCACAGUCCCACAGGUGAACAACUUUGUGAUCUUUGAAGGCUUCUUUGCCCAUCAACAUCGGCCCCCUGCUCCCUCUCUGAGGGCAACUCGACACUCUCGUGCUGCUGCAGUCGAUCCCACGCCCGCUGCUCCAGCAAGGAAGCUGCCACCCAAGAGAGCAGAGGGAGACAUCAAGCCAUACUCCUCCAGUGACCGAGAAUUUCUGAAGGUAGCUGUGGAGCCUCCUUGGCCCCUAAACAGGGCCCCUCGCCGCGCCACACCUCCAGCCCACCCACCCCCCCGCUCCAGCAGCCUGGGAAACUCACCAGAACGAGGUCCCCUCCGCCCCUUUGUGCCAGAGCAGGAGCUGCUGCGUUCCUUGCGCCUCUGCCCCCCACACCCUACCGCCCGCCUUCUGCUGGCUGCUGACCCUGGGGGCAGCCCAGCCCAACGUCGUCGCACCAGCUCCCUUCCCCGCUCUGAGGAGAGUCGAUACUGACAGCUACCCUCUCCCUUCCCUGGGAGACCUGGGGUGGGCAGAGACCCCCUCCCUGAGAACCUCAGACCAACUCUUCCAUUGCAUCCUGUAGGACCCAGUGGAACCUGACAGAGCCCAUAGGAUUCCCUCUUCUACUUUCUUAGACAGCAGGGAUGUCAGGGUCUCAAAUUGCCUAACAGUUUGUAGCUUUUCUUACCACAAAAGCACCCCUUCUCUCCUAACUUGGGCUCUGAGGAUACUUUCCCCACAGACAGCCUGAUCUGUUGCCAGACUUCUUGGUUAGAUGGCUCAUACAUUUAUCUAGAGAAGCACACACUCUUGCUUGCUGUCAAACUUUAGAACACCAUGGAAGGUCUAAGGGCGUCCUGUGCCAGGGAAACUUUUUAAGGAAUUUUAUCUAUGGGAUAAACCCCAUAUUCCCUCUAGUGUCUACUGGUGGCUCUAAUACUGCUUUGUGCUGCCUGCCACACUUGCCCUUUGAGCCUGCGAAUGGCCACCAGUGAGCAAGCUCUGCUUCAGAGCAGUCUAGUUAGGUAGAACAGGGACUUACCAGCUUCCCAAAGGGAUCUACUCAACAUUGCCAAACUCUUCAUUUCCACAUUUUGUGUAGGUGUCAGAGAACCCCAAAUUGGUGUUGCUUUGGGGUCUCUAAAGGAGACUGGCUGACACCACCAUUUCCCCCAGAUCCAGAUUUCUCUGAGGGAGGUUGUUUCUUGAGAGUAGAUCCAGAGUCUCAAGGAUCUGUUAGAUCCUGGAAUCCCCUCUUGCAUCCAUCCCUCCCUGGUAGCUAGAUGCCGAUAUAUUCCUGUCUUGUGAGAUUGUCGAGAUGAGAUGGGGGACCACUCUUCCUCUGUCCUUCCUCUCUCCUUUCCUCCAUAGCAAGGACAACCUUCCCUGCUCCAUGCCCACAGUAUAGCUAGAUCCCUUCCCCUCCCUACCCUCUGAAUGUGUGCUAGAUCAGGUGCCCCACUGUGUUUCCUGAAAUCCUUGGGAGCCGGAUCUCCCCCUCUCCCCUACUCACUCUUCCCUUUUUUUCUCCCUCUCAGUGUUGUCUGAAUAAAGUGUGAAUUGUGUUUUCUAAAUUGAGAUUUUCAAUGAAAAAAAGAAUCACA